CCCACACCUAUCUGUUACACACACAAAUACUCACCAUGAAAGCCACAUUCACAAACUUCUCACCAGAACUGAUUUCAACACCCCAAAGCUCGUCAAAAUCACCACUAUCUCUCUCCUCUCCCUCUCUCUCUUCUUCCUCGCCAAAUACUUCUCCAACCCAUCCCUAGAACACCUCUCCUUCUUCCUUUCCACUACCACCGCCACCAAUUCCACCAACAAUGCCACCCUCACCACAAACCCAUCUCCGCCACCACAUCUGCCGCCACGUAAGCCACAGGGAGCGGUGGUGGAGAGAACUGGGAUAAUCGAUGAGACUGGUUCAAUGACUGAAGACUUUGUGGUCGGAGAGUUUGAUCCGGGUGUUAUUGAGAGUGUGGUGGGUGAUAGCCAUACAGAAAAGAGAGACAGUGAUGAGAAGAGGAGCUUUAUGGUCAAGAUUGACAAGUAUAGGGUUUGUGAUGAGAGUAUGAGAGACAACAUACCUUGUUUGGACAAUGUGGAAGCCAUUUCGCAGUUGAAUUCGACUGACAAAGGGGAAAAUUACGAGCGACAUUGUCACAAGAAAGGGAGAGAAUUGGAUUGUUUGGUGCCUAGGCCAAAAGGGUAUAAGCUUCACAUACCAUGGCCAAAAAGCCGAGAUGAGGUGUGGUUUGAUAAUGUACCUCAUACGCGCUUGGUUGAGGAUAAUGGAGACCAAAAUUGGAUAGCAAGAAAAGAAGAUAAGUUUAUAUUUCUAGGUGGAACACAAUUUAUUCGUGGUGCAGAUCAAUACUUGGAUCAGAUUUCCAAGAUGGCUCCUGAAAUUGCAUUGGGCCACCGCACCCGAGUUGCCUUGGAUGUUGGUUGUGGAGUAGCCAGUUUUGGUGCCUUCUUGCUAGAGCAUAAUGUGACCGCUCUGUCAAUAGCUCCGAAAGAUGUUUAUGAGAAUCAAAUACAGUUUGCUUUAGAGCGUGGUGUGCCUGCCAUGGUAGCACCAUUUGCAACACGCCGCUUGUUGUAUCCUAGUCAGGCGUUUGACUUCAUACACUGUUCGAGAUGUAGAAUCAAUUGGACACGUGAUGAUGGAAUUUUGCUUCUUGAGGUGAACAGGAUGCUAAGGGCAGGAGGAUACUUUGUUUGGGCAGGUCCACCUGUUUAUAAACACACAGACAACCUACAAGAACAAUGGAAAGAAAUGGAGAAUCUUACUAGUCGCAUCUGUUGGCAACUUGUAAAGAAAGAAGGAUACAUUGCUAUAUGGCGGAAGCCUCUGAACAACAGCUGCUAUCUCACUCGCAAACCUGGAGUACAACCUCCAUUAUGUGAUGCUGAUGAUAACGCAGACAGCGUCUGGUAUGUAGGUCUGAAGGCAUGCAUCGCUCGGCUGCCAGAGAAUGGUUAUGGCGCUAAUGUUACCACAUGGCCUGCACGCCUUCAUUAUCCACCAGACAGGCUCCUUAGCAUAAAAAUGGAUGCCUACAAGUCUAGAAAGGAAAUCUACAAAGCAGAGUCAAAAUAUUGGAAUGAUAUUGUAAGUGGAUAUAUUAUUGCUUUCCACUUGAAGGAAUUAAAUGCACGAAAUGUGAUGGACAUGAGGGCUGGGUAUGGAGGGUUUGCAGCAGCAUUACAUGACUUCAAUAUUGAUUGCUGGGUUAUGAAUGUCGUUCCUGUUAGUGGUUCUAAUACAUUGCCCGUAAUCUAUGACCGUGGACUCAUUGGAGUUAUGCAUGACUGGUGUGAGCCAUUCGACACUUACCCGAGAACGUAUGAUCUAUUGAAUGCAGCAGGUCUUUUCUCUGUAGAGCAAAAAAGGUGUAAUAUGUCAACCACCAUGCUUGAGAUGGAUCGAAUUUUAAGACCAGGCGGGCGAGUUUACAUUCGAGACACUACAACUGUUAUUGAUGAACUGAAAGAGAUUGCAGAUGCCAUGGGAUGGGUGACCUUUAAGUUUGACACUGGGGAGGGUCCCCAUGCAAGCUUGAAGCUUUUGCACUGUGAGAAGCGUUUGUAACCUUCAUUUUUUUCAAACCCCCAGCCCACCAUGUCAAAGAUGUUGUUUUCUUUCUUCACUGUAAUAGAGAAAACUAGUUUUUUUUUUUUUUUUACUUUCCGGGUAUAGUAAAAUCCUGGAAAUUCCUUGGUAACUAAAUCAUACGAGAUAAAGAAAGAUGGUACAUGG